AUAUAAAAAUUGCUAAAUACAGAAACAGUAUAUCUUGGAAGUUUGGCUUUGAAAUAAUACGGAAAUAAUUAAAGCUAGUUUAAUGUGAAAGAAAAAUAAUCGAACCUUAUUCUUUUCCUAAUACUACGAUUGAUUAUUUUAUAAUAAUUACAAUGAGCAAGGAUACUGAAAAUAUAUCGUCGGAUACUGCUCAAGUUAGCUCUUUACCAUUGCCUCCUAUGCAAUAUAUUAAUUUUUAUACAGAUGAAAAUGUUCGUAGAAAUAGAGCACCAUUGCCACCACGUCCCAUACAUGAUUCAUAUUCUAUGUUUGGACACCCUUUUAACGCGGAUGAUACAAUAAUUAGAUCUCUGGAAAGCCAGGGCUUUCGUCGGCUAUAUCCUGUUCAUUUUGAAAGAAGAAGAGAAUUAAAAAAAUUGAAUCAUUCCCUAUUGGUCAACUUUCUAGAUCUUUUAGACCUAUUGGUGCAUUGUCCAGAUUCCCCUAAAAGGGCCGAGAAAGUGGAAGAUCUCAGUUUGCUUUUUAUACACAUUCAUCAUUUACUUAAUGAAUUCAGACCUCAUCAGGCUCGAGAAACUUUGAGGGUAAUGAUGGAACUACAGAAGCGACAACGUGUUGAAACUGCUACGAGAUUUAAGAAACAUCUAGAUAAAGUUCAAGAUAUACUACAGAACGCUCUCCAAAGUUUACCUGACCAAAAUGAGCUAGAUUCCAAUUUUAAAGUGCCUAUUGAAAUAUUGGAGCAGAUGGAAUGCAGUCCUAGUGACAGCAGUAAUGUUGAUCCUUGCUAUGAACUUGAUAGAAUUAUGUGUAAUGUUAUUGACAAUAUGAGAUAAAUCCUUUAUUUUAAUGUGGUGCUUAAAUUUAAUAAACAUUUUUACAUAAGACCAUAGAUUUAUAUUACCAACUUGGGUAAAUUACAAAAAUAAACGGAUAUGUGCUGUUCCCACGCGUUCGCAGCGAAACCGACAAAAACCGGCCAAGUGCAAGUCUACCAUAAUUUAUACAACAUCGGAAGAAAGAAAAAAAAUUUUCACUAACCAUUAUUUAUACGCAAUAAAU